AUGACCGCCGAUCCACCUGUUCGGGCAGAAGAGAGAGAGACCCCUGCUUCAGCACUUCCAGCUAAUGAAGAUGAAAUGGAGAAGGAGGUUGAGGUGCCUGCUCCUAAACCGCAACCAGUGGUGAAGGAGUAUGUACCCCAGCUCCCCUUUCCUACUCGGUUGCACAAGGACCGACUGGAUACUGAGUUUGCCAAGUUCAUGGCAAUGCUGAAGCAGGUGAAUAUAAGCAUGCCCUUUGUGGAGGCAUUAUCGAAGAUGCCCAAGUAUGCCAAGUUCAUGAAGGAUCUCCUCACCAACAAGAGGAAGCUUGGGGAGCUGUCAACGGUGAUGCUCAAUGAGGAGUGUUCUGCCAUCCUGCAGAACAAACUACCAGAGAAGCGAAAAGACCCAGGGAGUUUCACUAUCCCUUGCAUGAUUGGUAGUUUGCAUAUAGGGAAGUCCUUGGCGGAUUUAGGCGCUAGCAUUAAUGUCAUGCCAUAUAAACUGUUUAAAAAGCUAGGCCUAGGUGAACCCAGUGAUACUAGGAUGAGCAUUCAACUUGCUGAUAGAUCCAUUGUGCAUCCUAGGGGCAUUGCAGAGGACUUGAUAGUCGCAGUAGGGCCAUUCUCUUAUCCUGUUGAUUUUGUGAUUUUGGACAUAAAUGAGGAUGUGGAUGUGCCAUUGAUAUUGGGUAGACCUUUUCUCGCCACUGCCAAGGCGCUCAUUGAUGUGAAUGAUGGAAAACUGAUUUUGCGAGCUGGGGGUGAACAAAUCACCUUCUCUGUUUCUGAUAAUAUGAAACACCCCCAGCUCCAUGAUGAUCUAGAUUACUGUGAUGUUGUUGUUGAUUUUGCUGAUGAUUUCCUUGAGCGUUUUCUUUUGCUAGGGGAACAGGCAUCACAGGACAUGCAGUUGGAGGAGCAACUCGCGGAGCUAGACGAGGCCAUGAUCGAGGGGCGAGAGAUACCAUUCAAGCCGAUCCAUAUCUUGCCUCGGAUCGCUACAUCAUUGGAGGAGCCACCAGAGCUGGAGCUUAAGCCCCUCCCCUCUCACCUGGAGUAUGCAUUUCUCCGGGAGGGGAAUAAGCUCCCGGUCAUUAUUAGCUCGGAUCUGACACCCGAGCAGAAGAGCAGGCUGGUGGCUUUGCUGCAGAAGUAUGCCCGGGCCAUGGCAUGGAAGAUCACAGACAUCAGAGGCAUUAGCCCAUCCUUCUGCUCCCACAGAAUCCUGAUGGAGGAUGAGGUUAAGCCAGUCAGGCAACCGCAGAGGAGAUUGUCUCCUUACUUGGAGGCAGUGGUCCGGGCAGAGAUUGUGAAGCUCAUGGAUGCAGGGAUCAUCUUUGCUAUAUCUGAUAGCAAGUGGGUCAGCCCCACUCAGGUGGUCCCGAAGAAAGGCGGGAUGACUGUGGUCCCAAAUGAGAAGAAAGAGCUGAUCCCGAUGCGGACCGUGACCGGCUGGUGA